AUGUGGUUUCGUUACAAACCUGCCAAUGCAGCGGAUCGACUUCCCCUGGCGAAGUACCCGUCUCAAUCGGAGAGACCGAUCGUGACACACGACUUAAAUGAUUUCACGCAGAAGCAGGAUCACAUCUGUCAAUGGGGUAUUGGGUGGAAAACCACGCUCAUCCUCUGUGGCAGUUUCUCGUUAGCCCUCGCACUAGCUAUUACUCAUGUAGCCGUAUUCCGCUAUCUCGAUGGAAAGCUUGAGAAUGAUCCAAAUAUCCCGUCGCAAACUUAUGUUACGGCCGCCUCAACUAUUGUGGCCAACGUUAUCAGCUUCUGUAUUCGCAUCUGCCUGGCAGCGGCGUUUACUCAAUAUUUCUGGCAUCUUGUCCGGAUAUCUCCCAUGCGGCUUGAAACUUUGGAAUUUCUCUAUACUAUGAGGGGAAGCCCAAUGUCAUUCUUCUCCUUAACUGUACUUCAAAAGGGAUGGUUACUAGCUAUUAUUACAAUGGUCCUAUGGGCUGUCCCUGUCGCUAUGAGCUUCCCAUCGAGCUCAAUGACUGUCAGGAGUGCUGUAAGAACACACGAGGUAUCCCAGACUCAAAUGCCAGGUAUGAAUCUCUCAGAGAUCUGGGGUGGUAACGCGACGAUUAUGAAGGAUAAAGAAUUAGCCUUGUUCGUGCCGAAUAAUUGGCGAGAGCAGAAUGAUUCUGACUACGUCGAGGUACUCCGUGCUGAACAGUUGACAAUUGCAGAUAUGGGCCUUCAGAUCAAGCCUGUUCUCUACCAGCUGGCUACAGAAAUUAUCGUGAACGGCGAGCCGCGAAGAAUGAGCUCACCUUGUGGGAUGAAUUGUUCCUAUGAGCUUUCUUUCGAUGGGCCAUACCUAAGCUGCAACAAUACCGAUUUUGAGAAGAUCAGCCCGCCGCUCAACAGGAGUGCCACUUGGUUCUAUGCACUUGAAAGUAACUGGACCGUGACACCGGAUGCAGGCUCAACGUCCACCCCCGCUCUGAAGAAUUUCCAGAUGAAGAAUGCGGAGGUAUAUAAUUGGAUUCGGAAUGAUACCACAGGCACUGCUCAAUUUGAAUACGUGUCGCAUGUACUGACGUGUAGUCCUCGUCGGGCUGAAUACCAUGUCGUCCAGAGAUUCCACAACGGUGAGCAGUCCUCAACCGUCACUAUAGGAGACGUGCAUGAUUUAGUGCCGAUGGACGAGAAAUUCUAUUUUUCGAAGAAUAACAUGACCCAAGCUGUUGUCGACACAAUUCGUGAUCGUAAUAUAAUGGCCCUAAUUAUGGCAAUGACCAAAGGCAUAUCCGGAAAUGUAGGGGCAAUGGUAUACGUGAUGCAAGACAAUCUUCUCGUCCAAUCCACCCGUCUUUUCAAUGGUUUCAGCGAUUCUUGGGCAGGAACUCUCACUGUUUGGUACAACUUGUUCACUGUGAAUGAGGAGAUCCUUAACUCUAUGCUGGCGAACGUCACCAUUAGCGCAAUCAACCAUUUUCAGCUCUGGCCGACUUCGGUCAACGUGACUCGACAGGAUCUACAUACACAAUAUGUGUGGUCUCGGCCGCUGAACCUUCUUCUGCCCUAUUUCCUCUCCCUAGGUGUUGCACUACCGUUGGCAGCUUUGGGUUAUUGGUCGUUGCGUCAGAACGGUGUCCCAGCUACAGAUAAUGGAUUCUUACAAAUCGCAAUGACUACACGGGGUAACUACAAACUUGAUCAGCUAGCGAUGGGAGGUUGCCUUGGAGGAAACCAUAACGAAUCCGCUGAACUCAAAAGCCUCGAGGUUCAGUUUGGAGAAUUGGUUCAGCCAGAUAGAUCUAUGCUGGGCAUGCAGACAAAUGACCUCAGAUCUCCCACAGCAGAUGUGAGACUGGCUGGAUUUGCACCUAAAGAUGAAGUUGCUCCUCUCCUAAUUGGAAAACGAUAUGGGAAGUUGGGUGAAGACUGA